AUGCCAUUUGAGGACGACAGCACUUGUUGGUUGGACAUGCAAGUGCACACACCAGUUUACAGCAGUUUGCAGCAGGAGCUGCCUGUGUCCUCUCCUGCGCGUGUGUCGAGCAUCAAGGCGUCUGAUCCAUGGGCCGUGCGUGCAGUCCCAGUCGGUGGAGAGAUCGAACGCAUUCGAGUGUUGAACUUUGGCUACCGGAAAAGUCUCUACAAGGUGCCACUGCAAACUAAGCAGCGCUUGCAAUACUUUGAAUACCGGAGGCACCGGAAUCGAUUGCUGAAGCUCCAGCAUGGCAGGUAUAUGGAAGACAUGAAGCUUCGAUGCAUUUCCGGCCCGACGUUUGCGAGCCAUGUCACAGCGUGGGACUUGCUGCAGAACGAGAAAGGUGCCAGUGCUGCUCGCAGCGGGAAUCACGAUGUUAUCUUUGAUCUAGAGAAAUCUGAUUACAUUGUUGCCGUCGAGCAGGCGGCAGUUGGAAACAGUGGCAGUCUGGGUGCCCAACUGCUAUUCAUUACGGCCAGUGGCCGAACGCUCCACAUCAUGGGCCUUUGCCAUCGAAGGAAAGACCCCUUGCCAAGCAGAGUUCGAGUGGAUGUCCAUGCCGGCGAGCAAAUUGUCGGUCUGGAAGUAGAAUUUGGAAGGCUCAUUGGUGUCGAAACAGCACUGGAGCCAGCUGCUGCUUAG